AUGGAUCCCAAUGCUACCGGCUAUCCUGCUCUGCAGCUGCUGCAGGCUCAGCAACAGCAACAGCAGCAGCAGCAGCACAACAACAACAACAACAACAACAACAACAACAACAACAACAACACGGGCUAUCCUGUCACCACCCAGGGUCAGCAGUACCCUUUCUAUCCGAAUGUACUUCCCUCCUCGUUUCCCCAGUCUAAAACGCCAUCCCAACAGCAACAGCAACAUCAGCAACAACAACAACAACAACUGCAACAGCAACAGCAACAACACCACCAUCAGCAGCAGCAGCAGCAGCAUUCUUACGGUCCCGUGUCUCUGCAGUCCGGCGGUCCCGGUGGAGCGAUGAUGCCGUCUGGUUUUCCCCAGCAGUCGUCUGGACCUGGACCCCACGGUAACUUCCCUGCUGCCUUUACUCAACCUCAUAUUCCAACCACCCUGGCCCAGUUCAUACCAUCCCAAGGCACCCCGACGACCUCGAACAUGCCGACAACCGCGGCACAGGCUUUCUCUAGGAAUAUGGCUUCUAUCUCUGCGAAUAGCAUGCUGCCGGGCCAGCAACCACGUCCGGUUCCGCCGGCCAACCAGCUGCCCGGUUCCAUCCAGGCAGCAGGCCAGAGUCCGGCGGCGGCGCGAGAGAAGGCUCGUGUCUCGACCCUCUUAGACAUCAACUCGAUGCUGUUACAAGAAGUUGUCAACCUCCAGGCAGCGGGCAAGGCGGGCGGUCCUCCCGCUCAGCAGGGAUCGCAGGAGAACAACCCAUCGCCAACAUCCGACCAGGCGUCUGAUGCGGCCGCUAAGGGGCCCACACAAAAGCCGAGUCCGGAGUACAUUGAAUGUAUGCGUCGGCUGCAGGCUAACCUGGCAUAUCUAGCGACCAUUGCGGAUCGCGCGAAGAAAUCCGGGGGGGUGGCCCCUGCCGCUCCGGCCAUCAUGACGCCGCCGCCCAACAUGCCCUCAAUCAACGAGCUUUACGGCAAGCUGAACGACCUGUUCCGCACGUCCAAGGGCGUUGUUGGUACACCUCAGCCGAGCCCGCAAGGGACUCCGGGCAACGGUAAACCAAGUCCGUCCCCGGCAGCUGAGAUGGUAGUCUGA